AUGCAGGAGCAAGAUUGGAAGACCCUCGCCAGCGAAAUCCACGCCAAAUGCAUUGCAUACGACUACUCUGAUUCUGGAGACUAUACGCUCUCUGAAUAUAUCACCAAUCUCUUGCAAACCGGAAACCAGAUCGAUCAGAUUAACCAGGAACUCCAGCAGUUGGUUGGAUCAGAUUAUGAUGUCAAUUUGACAGCAUGGAUGUUUUCAAGGAUCGAAGAAAUGCAGAAUUCCACGCCUGUCAAAUCUGCACCAGCAGCACCACAACAACAAACUUCUUCACCCAAGCCAAACCGGAUAUUCGCUCAAGCGAUUGGAGGUUUAAAUGGUGGAUCUCCAUCAUCUUCGAGACGCGAACAACGUGAACGAUCCCGAUCUCGAUCCCCUGAACCUAGAGAACGACGUCCACGACAACGAACACCUGAACGACCAAGAGCAUCGUCGCCCUCUUCUUCUUCAUUCACCAUUUUAUCACGAUUGGGACGUUCUAAUGAUCGACAAGUAUCUGUAGCUUCAUCAGAUGCUCGACCUUCCGUUUUUGAUCGAUUGGGAGCAGCCAAGCCUUCAUCCACUCAAACUGCCAAUCGUUGUAAGUAUUGGCCUGCUUGCAACCAAGGCGAGCAAUGUCCCUACUUUCAUCCCAAGACCAUUUGCCCUGAUUUUCCAAAUUGUUCAAAGGAUGCAUCUGAAUGCAUGUUUAUUCAUCCCGAAGUUAGCCCAUCACAACAACAACAACAACGAGGAGGAGGACCUCAUCCUUCAGCAUCUUCCAUCAUGACAGCACCAGCAAAAAAACCUUUUCCUUGCCGAUACUUUCCUUAUUGCACCAAUCCUGUUUGUCCAUUCAUUCAUCCAGACCCAUCAUCCAUGCCUAUGGCACCACAGCAAUCAUCUCAACAACCACAACAGCAACAACAGCAAUCAUCGACGACGCCAACCAAGGUGCCUAUCCCAUGUAAAAAUGGUGAGAAUUGCAAAAGACCUGGAUGUCAUUUCCUUCAUCCUGGUGAAGAAAAUCCUUUGGCAGAUGUUCUUUGUAAAUAUGAUGGUGCUUGCACUCGACCCAAUUGCUUUUACAAGCACACAGUCCCGCCCAUGUCCCAUUCAGGAGGAAACAAGAGCCUAAUCCUUAACAAGAAGAAUGACAUGAGCCAACGCCAAUUUUCCGUGCAAGAUGAUCAGGUCGAGCGAAUGGUCGUAGGUGAAAGUGCCGACUUGAUCAAAAACAACAAUGGUCAAGCUGAGACUACUACUGCUACUACUGCUACGUCCAAUGGAGAGCCGAAUGCCGCUUAA